AUAUGGAGAAGUCAUACUCAAAUAGUCAAUACCAGCCUGGCCCUCUUAUGCUCACCACAGCGCAUAGCAAUAGCGUUGAUGACUACCGCAGCAUCAUUGACGACCUAACACUCGAGAUUCGACACCUGAAGAAGGAGCUCAAGCACCACAAGAAAUUGGGCCCUGUCACGCUUCAUGAAGACAAGCUGUUUGAAAUCAAGAUUCAGGGGCUGCCCCUCCAAAAAAAGAGAGAACUAGAAGCCAUACUAAGAGAUUUUGCCACCGACCUCAAGGAGUUUCCAGACGAUUCAUCAUCGCAAAAAAAGAAGACGGCAUCCUCCCACAACCACGGUCAGAUAUACUCGAAAUGUGGAAUUGGCUACAAACAUGCUCCUUCCUCUCCAGGUACCAACCUCCGGCCAACCGAUUCUGCUUAUGCCUCUUUGUCGGCCAGUGCCGGGCCUUCGAGUAUGCCUCUUAGCCUUCCCAUCAUGAGUUCAACUAAAUCAUCAAACAGCCAAGUAGAAGACUAUCUACGAGAUGUUCCCGACGGCCUAUACCCGCAACACAUGAUCAUGACAGACAAGGAGCGAAAAAGUCUUGUUGUUCGCCGUCUCGAACAGCUCUUUACAGGCGGGACUAACGGUGCCGACAUUUCGAAGGUGCCGCUUGUGCGGCCGGGUAGUAGCUUCGUUGUAACACAUGAUGUAGCGGAUGCACAGAUGGCAGACCUGUCAACAACCUACGAACUACCCACUCAUGAAACUAAGCCUAUCCAGGAAGCAAGAAUUCUCCCCUUCAAACAACAAUCGCGCCCUGGGGGAAACAAGUGCCAUCCUGGGGGUCGUAGUUCGAUUACUGAUCUCAAUCCGGAUGACCUAGAGGCUGGGGGCAAUAAUAGUGGCUCGGCCUUGAGUACGAAGUUGUCUCCUCUAGUCCUGCCUUUGCCAGAACAGCGACCCAUACGACCACGUGAUUUGGACCCCGAUCGUACUCAUAUUUCGUCUGAGAAUAUGAACUACAUCCGGUAUUUGAGUCGACUGCCGCCCGAGUCCUUACCUGAACAGCAGAGUAUCCAAGACGUCUACCUAAACACUGAGGGCUGGGUAUAUUUGAGCCUGCUGUACAACUUGGCCCAGCUCCAUUUGAUAAACGUAACAUCAGAUUUCGUACGCUCUUCCGUCUCUGAGGGCAGCACCAAGUUGCAGUUGUCUCCUGACGGGCACAAAAUUCGAUGGCGAGGCGAAUCCAAAGAUACCAAGCUCAGUAGCUGCAGUUGUAGCUGCGACUCGCAAGCUGGUCCUUCUACUGAUGAUAUUGAUGGUUCGGAAAAGAAACGCAAACGCCAGAAGACUACCCGUUUUACUACCAAUAAAUCCCAAUCUAGCGGCUCAAGUAAGGAUAUGCCUCAAUUUGAUCCACAGCUUUGCGCUCGAGUUGAAAGUUUCCGUUACAAGCCACUAUUUGCUCAGCAGAAUUUGUCAGCUAGGCACACUUCACUGGGUUUAACGGUUUGGUCUUUCACGGCGGUGGACGACGAUAAUCCUGGCGACGGGGGUUUGGGUUUAGAUCACUCCAGAGGGUCGGCUAGUAGAUCGCAUCAUCACGAGGGUGCUAUCUCAUACUAUAGUGGCGCGCCUUUUUGUAUUGAUUUGUCAGGCGAUCCAGCCACCAUGUCAUCAACCAGUCGCACUCUCUCGAGCGGCCAAAGCCAAAAGAAUUCUCGGCAAGUACCAGACUUCCCUCGGUGUCCUCGACGAACAGCAUCUGGGUCGUUCAUCAGCUACAGGCCGUUGACGGAUCGAUGCCAAGACCUGCGUCAGCAGACUUCAGCCAUGGGCGAGGAUAAUGAUGAAGCUCAGGGUCUGAUAAACAAUGACAAUGAACAAACCAGCGAUAUCGAGCUGGAUUUGGUUUGGAACGACCAUCAGCAAUACAUGGGACAACAGCCAUUGGUUCCCUGCGGACUUAGUGGUGUUCUACCCGCUGAUCACUUUACGGUUGUUGUCAAUACUAAGCGGCCUAAAAAAGACCUCCUUCCAUGCACUUCCGAGCCUCAGACUGAAAGGCCGAAUGAAAACAUAGAAAGGAUUCAUCAACGGGCGGCGAUGUUAACUUGUCCUGUCCCCGGUGGUUCAGAAGCAAAAACAAUCGAAGAGUCACCGCAUAUCGAGAUUGAGUAUCUGUCAUGGCGCAUCAAGAGACUGGUACCAGUUCCACUGCCAUCCCCUGUCAGUUUCUUUCCGCCGUUUAGUACCGAUAAUUCCACCUCUGGGGAAGAUGACGAUCCAUCUAUAGCUGCGAAUAAUAUAGGGUCAUCAGAGGGGGAUAUGAGCUGAUGGGCGAACUUGUAUUAUUCCAGUAGCAACCCCCAUGACGUCGAUGCUAGCAGCGGCAUCAAUGCAGAUGACGCUCUAGGCGAGUGGUCCUACAGAGAGGACCUGUCCAUCAAUCAAGAAACGGAGGCGAAUAUAUCAUAGUUGCCAAGAAAGAUCCUAAACAAAGGAUGAUUUCCCGGAAAGGAAUUACGGUAUGAAUGUUCUAAAGAUAAGCUUACCCUUAGGAUUAACUGAUACUAUGUGCGUCUAUUGAUCUAAUUAC